AUGUCAAACGAUUGGGGCAAUGAUUGGGCAGACCCUACUCCGAUGGAUAGGCGUCAGUCUCAGCAACAGCAUCAACAACCUCCACAGUAUCAAUCAUACGGAGGAUAUGACAGUGGAUCAAAUUAUUAUCAGCAACAUGCGCAAAGUCAACCAAUGAUGCCACCACAGCAAAAUUACGGGGAGUAUUAUGGUCAGCAGAGCACGAAUGCGAACGCUGGUAAGUGUAAGAGUUUAGGUUUUGGCUUCAAUCCUCCAGCUUUCAUGGCUGACCCUAUGUUCCAAGCUGCGCAGCAGUUCGGAGGUCAAUUUGCCGAACAGCAAAAAGAGAAGCUGUCUAAAUACUGGAGCGCUCUAAACCUCAAGUAUUAUUUCACUGUCGACAACUCAUAUGUUGGAAAAAAGCUUGGAAUAUUGCUUUUUCCUUUCCUCCAUACUGAUUGGUCGUUGAAAUACGGGGGAUCAGAAGAUCCAGUACCAGCAAAAGAUGAUGUAAACGCGCCUGAUCUCUACAUCCCUUUAAUGGCUUUUAUCACUUAUAUUAUUGUUUCUGGUUUUGUAUUAGGGACACAGGGACGAUUUUCUCCAGAAAUACUUGGCAUUCUCACAAGCAAUGCAUUCAUUUGGGUUAUCAUUGAAAACAUCAUUAUUUUCGUCAGCAAAUAUGUUCUGAACAUUUCACAGAGUUUAUCGCUUUGGCAUUCAUUGGCGUACAGUACCUAUAAGUUUUUUGGGAUGAUUAUCUGCUUGUUAAUGUUUAUGGCGGGAGGAAAGACCUUCUACUGGUGCGCUCUUGGAUACACUUCUCUUGCUCUUGUUUUCUUCUUACUUCGUACUGUGAAAAACUUCAUCUUUGAUUCGCAUCACUUUGGUGGUGAAGAGGGCCGAAAAAGGAAACUGUUUUUGAUUCUGUUCCUUCUCGUAUCACAACCACUGAUUAUGUGGUGGCUUACCAGUGGAGUGACCAAUUUUGAUCAAAGCAAACUUGGAUUCGCUCAAAUGGCGAUGGGCAAAAUGGGAUUAAAUAACGUAAAAGUCGAUGAUAUACCUCUUACUGCUGAUGGGGACGUGGACUACGAGGCCUUGCUAAAGAUGCCAUAG